AUGUCAUUUUUCAACUUUAAAGGAUUUGGAAGAAACUCCAAGAAGAAUAAGAAUCAAACUCAUCCACUUGCAGCCCCAACUCCACCAGUAAUGAAUACAAUAUAUUCAAGUCCACAUAACAGUAAUUCUAAAUUAUCACUACGAAAAAUGCAAUCACCAAAGAGACAUUCGCAAAGCAGUUCCAUUGUACAACAACAAUCUACCUCACAACAAACGCAAAUACCGCAACAGGAAAGACCUGAAUCCCAACAGAUCAUGUUUCUUAGUGAACCAUUUGUAAGGACGGCGCUGGUAAAGGGUUCAUAUAAGACAAUUGUGCAAUUGCCUAAAUAUGUAGACGUUGGGGAAUGGAUAGCAUUAAAUGUGUUUGAAUUUUUCACUAAUUUAAAUCAAUUUUAUGGUGUAAUAGCAGAAUAUGUGACCCCAGAUGCGUACCCAACAAUGAAUGCCGGCCCUCAUGCUGAUUAUUUAUGGUUAGAUGCCAAUAAUAGGCAGGUCUCUCUACCGGCCAGUCAAUAUAUUGACUUGGCAUUGACAUGGAUUAAUAAUAAAGUUAAUGACAAGAACUUAUUCCCAACGAAAAAUGGUAUCCCAUUUCCUCAAGUAUUUCUAAGAGAUGUACAAAGAAUAAUGGUACAGAUGUUUAGGAUAUUUGCACAUAUCUAUCAUCAUCAUUUCGAUAAAAUUGUUCAUUUAUCGUUGGAGGCACAUUGGAAUUCAUUCUUUGCUCAUUUCAUUAGUUUUUCAAAGGAAUUCAAAAUAAUCGAUAGGAAAGAGAUGGCACCUUUAUUGCCAUUGAUUGAAAGUUUUGAAAAACAAGGCAAAAUUAUUUAUACUUAG